AUGAGUCCCCUUUCCAUCAACCAAGUGAACGAGAUGGAGUACGAAGACUUUAUCUCCACUUUCGGCAACGUCGUGGAACACUGUUCCCUCUUCGCCGCAGCCAUUUGGUCACAACGUCCAUUUCAUGGCGUGAAACAGCUUCACAAAACAUUCUGCGACUUUAUCGACACUCUUCCGAAACUUGGCAAGGAAGGGAUUCUUCGUUCCCAUCCGGACCUUGCAGGUCGCAUAGCGGAACGGGGUCUUCUGACCACGGAGUCGACCAAGGAACAAUUAGCGGCUGAACUGAAUACUUUAACCCCCGAGGAAAAGGCCAAUCUGACCCGGCUUAACGAAGCAUACAAAACCAAGUUCGGUUUCCCCUUCGUAAUUUGUGCUCGAGAUAACAAAAAGGCUGCAAUUUUGUCAGGUUUGGAAGCCCGGUUGGAAAAUGAGACCGAGAAAGAAGUCAUCCAAGGAGUGGAAGAAGUUAAAAAGAUUGCCUUUUAUCGCUUACUCGAUAUCCUACAGCAUGAAGAGGCCGAGAAAUUAAUUGGCGGAUGGUGA